AUGGCUCGAGAGAGCAACGCGCCGACGGAGCCCAAAACUCCGGGCAAGGCGAAUGAACAACAUCCAAAGACUCUGUCUCGGCAGCCCGAGUUCGGCAAACCUUCGCCAAUGGGCAAGCCUCAGCACAUGCCUUCCCAACCGACACAAUCAGCACAACCAGCCCAUACGAAUAGAUCCAACAACGCGAAUCAUCUAUUCAAUAUCCCUAAAGCAAACCGUCCUCGUGUAGAACAUCACCGGGACCAACCUCGAGCUCAGCAUCAGAGCACCAAUCAACCUUACGGACAGCAGCGGCAUGGAGCCUUCCCAGGCCAACACGGUCCUCCUCCAGUCGCUUCAACCCCGGCCAAACGUGGUUCAUUCGAUCCCUUCAAGGCUGUGAGACCCUCUGCAUAUAGUGAGAGGAAGAACUAUGGCGCAGGUACGGGUGCGACUCCCAUCAAGCGACCGGGAAACACAGACUGGACAACACCUCGAGCUCCGAGGCCCCUCUUCAUGUCGAAAGGCACGGCACCCAAGCCCUCGAAUGCGUCCAAGAACCUACAAGCCUUUAUUGAUCUCACAAAAGAUGAGCAAUCAUCUUUCCCGAGCUCCAAAACUUCGUCUACUAGCUUUGGUGCCAUGGACGUGCAUGGAUACGUGGACUCUGAAAAGGCUACGGAGAACAUCAAAGCUUUGCUUGAAGGUGCCUUCGAGGACGAAGAAGAAGAGAAAGAAAAGUCUCGGUCGAAGUCCAAAAGCAAGAAAAAAGCCUCGAAGAAAGGAAAGUCUAGUAAAACCGAGACAUAUGAGCAACCUACCAAGGCGGAGAGAACUAGUGCCGAUGAUCUUGAUGACCUGGCUGUUCAACUUGAGGGUGUCACGGUGAACGAUGUCAAGCCUGUGGCCGCCUCUCAUGCACUCGAAGACUCAGCCAGAGCCACCAGCAAGUAUGUGCCUGCAUCAAAACUGAACGAGGGUGCUGAGACCGAUGAGGUCGAUGAGGAAGUGGAGGGACAAGAGGAAGAGGAGGAGGAAGAGGUGGAGGACGAUGAGGAGGACGAUGAGGAGGAGGAGGAGGAGGAAGACGGCGAUGGUGUCGUAGAGGGUCUCAAAGUGACACUUCUUCCCCACCAGAUUGAAGGCGUGAAGUGGAUGUGUGAUAAGGAAACCGGAAAACGCACGACCAAAGGCAUAUUUCCCAAGGGUGGCAUUCUUGCCGAUGACAUGGGACUUGGCAAGACUGUACAAGCGAUCGCCUUGAUGUUACGACACAAGAAACCAGAAAACGAACACAGCGAAGAAUCAGACACGAUCGAGAAGGGCGAGGAUGAGGAGCCUGCCCCGACAGUUAAACUCUCCAAGAGCACGCUUGUAGUGGCUCCGCUUGCGCUGAUCAAGCAGUGGGAAUCCGAGAUCCAGGACAAGGUCGAAAAAGCAAAUAGGCUCCGUGUGUGCCUAUAUCAUGGCGCCAAUCGCACAAAGACAUCCCAGGAUCUCCCCUCGUACGACGUCGUUAUCACAACCUAUGGGACCCUGACCUCAGAGUUCGGGACUGCUGCCGCGGACAAAGCAAAGAAGUCUGGCGUCUUCGCCAAUUAUUGGUAUCGGAUCAUCCUCGACGAAGCUCACACGAUCAAGAACCGAAAUGCUAAGGCUACACAGGCCGCUUGUGCAUUGGAUGCCAAAUAUCGGUGGUGUUUGACGGGAACUCCGAUGCAAAACAAUCUUGAUGAGUUGCAAAGCCUCAUUAAAUUCCUACGCAUCAAGCCCUAUAACGACCUUGCUCACUGGCGCGACCAGAUCAGCCGCCCCCUUGCGAACGGUCGCGGUGGCCUGGCUAUUCAACGCCUACAAGUCUAUCUAAAAGCCUUCAUGAAACGGCGCACCAAAGAGGUCUUGAAACAGAAUGAUGAGCCGAAGGCCGGCGAGUCCACGCUGGAUAAAGAUGGCAAAGAGAAAAAGUCAUCCAACGGUUUCAAGAUUGUCAAGCGAGAAGUCAUUAAAGUGAGUGCAGAGUUCAUGGAAGGUGAAAUGAACUUCUAUAAGCGCCUCGAACAGCGGACAGAGAACCGACUUGAAGAAAUCAUGGGUGGCUCAAAGGUUGACUAUGCCGGUGCAUUAACACUUCUGCUGCGUCUCCGUCAAUCCUGCAAUCAUCCAGAUCUGGUCAAGAGCGAUUUGGCCGUCGACAAGGACGUUCUCUUGCAGAAUGGAAAUACUGGAAGCCAGUCUUCUCAACCCAAGUCUGCUGAUUUGGAUGACGUUGCCGAUCUUUUCGGUGCCCUAAGUGUCGUGGCGAAGAAGUGCGACGUCUGUCAAAGAGAUCUUCAAAAGGCCGAAACCGCAAAAGGGGUUAGUCGCUGCGCUGACUGCGAUGCCGACCUCAAUACGGACUUUAUGAAGAAAGAAAACCGACAGAAGCAUAAAUCAAAGAAGGCUCAGCGCAAAGACGAGUCUCCGGUUCCAGCUCGGUUCCGCAAGAACAAGAGGGUCAUUAUUGAUAGUGACGACGAGGAAGAAGAAGAAGAAGAAGAAGAAGAAGAAGAAGAAGAAGAAGAAGAAGGCGAAUGGAUUGUGCCGGAGAGUCGUCGCAAGGUGCCCAGUCUAGGCCAGGCGGGAGGCUCUGACGACGAAGAUGCCGAAGGCGGCGGAGACUGGAUCGGCUCCGACGAUUCGGAAACGGACGACGACGAUGUCGAAUCGCCCACCGCCAAGCGAAAGGCCCAGCCAGUAGUCCUGAGCGACUCCGAUGACGAGUCCGCUUCUGGCAAUGAAUCGGAAGACAUCUACGCGAACCCUGAAGGUGAAAAUGGUGAGCUGCUGUCUACUAAAAUCCGACACCUGAUGAAGAUUCUGCACAAGGAGGCCGGCGAUCACAAAUUCAUUGUGUUCUCAGUUUUCACGUCUAUGCUCAAUAAAGUGGAACCAUUCCUGAAGCGUGCGAACAUUGGAUUUGCUCGGUACGACGGACAGAUGAGAAACGAUUUGCGUGAAGCCAGUCUUAAUAAGCUUCGCAACAACAGUGGCACCCGUGUCUUGCUCUGUAGUCUUCGAGCGGGUGCCUUGGGACUCAACUUGACGGCAGCCAGCCGAGUCGUGAUUCUGGAACCUUUCUGGAACCCCUUCGUCGAAGAGCAAGCCAUCGAUCGAGUCCAUCGUCUCAACCAAACUGUGGACGUCAAGAUUUAUCGGAUGAUUAUCAAGGGCACGGUUGAAGAGCGAAUCGUGGAACUCCAGGAUCGCAAGCGAGAACUCGCAAACAUGACUAUUGAGGGCAAGGCGGCCGCCGGCAAAUUGACCAUGCGGGACAUGAUGGCUCUCUUUGGCCGUGACGCCGAGCAUAAGUUCCAGGACAAGCAGGGCACUUUGGAUUUUAAGCAACCUACCCGUCUCUUGAGCUCGGGCGAGGACCACGAUACUGGGUCAGCCACGCAGUCUUUAGGUCGGUCAGAGCCGCGUGACCGACCCCGUCAGCCCGCCAGCAAUCGAUUGAAGCCAGAGGAUUCUGUUUAUGGUCGCCGGUGGUAA